AUGGUCCCAUCUCGCAACAGACUGGGCGACCUGUAUGCUGAUCCACACCCAGCCCCCGACCUGCGCGACUCCUUCCUUACCAGCAUCUUCAUUCCCACUUUAGGACCGUCCGCGCUCCUGAGAGCGGUGCAGCUCACAAGCUCUGCCGUGGACACCAGAGAAAGAGCAGACCUGGUGUACACUGGCAGCAGCCUGCUGGGAGCACGCCAAAUUAGCUUCAGUUUGGAGCUUUGUCCUCCUUGUUACUCUGUUUCGAUUGGGCUGGUUGCUUUGAAAGGUCCUCAGUUCUCAGUGGUGUCUCCUCUGUGUUUUUUUCCAGUCAUGCGGAGGAACCCCUUCGUGGUGGACGGCUGGAGUAGGAAAGGGUCCCGCAACGCCCUGCAGGAGCUCUACAACCCCACACAGCCCGAGUUGUCCGGAGCAGCCGUCCUCCACCAGGCCAGGAGGGAUCAGGUAGUGGAUGCCUGUCGAGUCUACAGUGCAUCCAGCCGUAAGCGCAGAGUCCUGACACCCGGAGACCUCAAACACCUUGUGGUGGACGAGGACCAUGAGCUCAUCUACUGCUAUGUUCCCAAGGUGGCCUGUACCAACUGGAAACGCGUCAUGAUGGUGCUCACAGGCCGGGGCAAAUACAGUGACCCAAUGGAAAUCCCUUCUAAUGAAGCCCACAUUCCUUCCAACCUAAAGACCUUGAACCAGUACAGUAUUGCUGAGAUCAACCACCGCCUCAAGAACUACCUCAAGUUCCUCUUUGUUCGCGAGCCCUUCGAGAGGCUGGUCUCUGCAUACCGCAACAAGUUCACCCUCAAGUACAACUCGUCCUUCCACAAGCGCUUCGGCACCCGCAUCAUCCGACGUUAUCGCAAGAACGCCACGCAGGACGCCCUGCUCAACGGUGCUGACGUCAAAUUCAAAGAAUUCGCAGAGUACCUGGUGGACCCGGCCACGCAGCGUGACGGCCCACUCAAUGAGCACUGGCAGACUGUCUACCAGCUUUGUCACCCAUGUCACAUCCACUAUGACCUGGUGGGCAAGUACGAGACGCUGGAAGAAGACGCAAACUACGUGUUGCGGCUGGUGGGUGUUGGCGAUUCCUUGCGCUUCCCGAGCUACGCCAAGUCCACCCGUACAACAGAUGCCAUGACAGCCCAGUUCUUCAGCAAUAUCAGCACUCAGCAGCAGUUCCAACUCUACCAGCUUUACAAGUUGGACUUCCUCAUGUUCAACUACUCCACACCCAGCUACCUCCGGCUGGACUAAUGGAGGACAGAGCUGUGACUCUGAGAAUGGCUGCCUUGUUCAAGGAGAGGCAAAUUGAGUGAAAGGCGGAAUUCUUUGGAAGCAAACUUGAUUUAAAAAACUGUUGUCGUACGCAGGCGUGGGGUCUGAAAUAGACAUAUAAACAGGUGCUGAAAGAGAGAAAGGUGUGUGGAUGUCCAGUCAACUCUGGGUGAUACAGAGAGUGCUGAUUGGAUGAGAAUGUGGGCUAAAUGAACCAAACGCAUGCAAAGACUAAAAUGUGUGGGUGAAGCAGGUCUUCAAGGUGUUUUAAAAGGGGAACUUAUCCUCAAAGGACAGACUUGAAGAGGGGAUUCUCCUGAUGAUGUUCUCUACAUGUUUAAACAAACUGCUGACGAAUUAGGCUGCUUCAGAUUCUACAAAGCAAACAGUGGCCUCGCACGCGCCCUGACCCCAAUGCAUCGUGGGAGCUAAGCUUAUCUCCCCUACCCCUGAUCAAUAGAGAAACUCCGUCAAAUUGUAAAACACAAUUCAUGUCCUUCGCUGCGCUGUCAGCGCGGUGUGCCAGCACCCAUCACCCUUGCCCUCAUUAGAUUUAUACAUUUCAGAGGGAAACUGGCUUAUCACCGCCUCAAGGACGCCCUGUAAUAGAUGAAUACUGACUUCACUCUCAAGACCUCUACAACUGUAACUGUGGUGACAUGGCCUUCAGCGACAGGUUGUAAUAACACAAGUUUUCACUGGUCUCUACAAUUAUGAUGUUAGCAGAUGGGACCUCUUGUGUUACAACAGGCGGACCCCAUGAAAACGGAGACUCCUGUUGCAGCAGUAAAGUGUGGAAGUGCUUAAUAAAUCAUUGCCUGUAACACCAAGCAUCCUUAACACUUUGAGCUACAGGACAUGGUUAGAACGGUACAGGAUGCUCCCAAGUGCGUGGGUGCACUAAGAGUCUGCACAGAAAGUCUGAGCUAAAAAGAAAAGAGACAGCCUUUGUGGUUGUGAAAGGGUUAAAGGCACUGGAUCUCAUAACCCCGCCCUGCUGUGCCCCACCGUGCCCAACCUAGGGGCUCAGUGGACACACCCAGGGCCACACCCACAAAGCCCCUACUCCGACGACCAAAAGUGUUUCAGUAAAUUAAGAUUAUCCUUUUGUCUUCUUGCUUAUUUUUGUUUUUAUUGUCUUAUGAAAUAAUGCUGCGAGCAGCAAUAGAAAAAUAUUAUUUAAUUUGUUUUGUUGAUUAAAGAGAGAAAGAUUUAAUUUCUUUCCUGGGCUGAGGAACAUUUUAGAAAGUUAAACUGUUGUUAAGAGUUUCUUUUUGUCAUGUUGAUUUCUUUUUGCCUCCAAUACAUUAUUAGUGCAUCACAGCAUUUUCAUUUUUAAAGGGUGUAAGGUACAUUUUAGCCCAUGGCUUUGUCCUUCUGUGUCUGGGAUCAUCAGAGAUUUCUGGCUUAUUUUACAUUUCCUGUUGUCAAAUAUUUGGUGCCAAAAUGGCUGUGAGCGCCUCAGAGAUCCACACUCUGUGUUCAGAGUAAAUCUUUGCCCCUAUAUCCAACACUUCCCAAGCAGAACAUAAGAACUAGCUGCUACUCUCAGUGUACAUAUCAACAAUCUACUGCCCACGUCACAGCAUCAGAGGCUAUAUCUCAUACUGUAAUGUGAUUAAUGUUAGCCACGUUAAGCAAUGUCAAGGUUAAUAACUGCACUCUCCAUCACGCUGUGAAUUGGAUUACAGUCUGUUGUGUAAGCAUUAUACAGAAGGGAGAGAGGGAGAGACAGAGUCAUUUUGUCUUUUACACCCCUUUGUAAAUUCAAAUCCACUCCGGCUUCAAAGUGAAGGAAACAUUUUUCUGAAAGGCAGCAUCUCUUUGUUGCACUUGACAGAAUCCUGAAAUCAGAUUUUUGGUAUGCAUUUGUUCAUGCUGUGUCAGAAUCAUAAUCAUAAUCAGAAAUACUAACUAACCUAACCCUAGUUUUUAAAGGAAAAUUCAGGUUUUAUUAAUGUAGUUUUGUCCAUCAUUCCUGCUGAUAAUGAUAACAUUUGACUCACCAAAUUCGGUGUAGAGAAAUUGCUGAUUCUGUAAUACUGCUAGACAAGGCUGGCAGGUUUGUGGUAAUUUAAUUAAUUGUACCAACUGAAGUGCAGGAUCAACUGACAUGAUGAGGGCCUUAAAGUGGGUCUUUAAUCUUGAGGCCCUGACUUGGCCCUGUUAGAAUCUAAUGUUAAGUCCUAUUAAUAUAAUAUAAUAUAAUAUAAUAUAAAGAAGCCAGCAAUUGCCAUGGGGCCCCAGAACCUUAGUGGUCCCUGAAAGCCCAAGGGUCACUGUUCACUGGGAAUUGAUUUGUGGUAAUUGACCACAAAUCAGUUGAACUUUGUUUGGGGAAUAUGGAAAUAUGUAUUACUAAAGCACAAUAUAAACUGGACCCUGCCUCUCGCCCAGAGUAAGCUAGGACUGCAGCCCCGGCAAACCUCUAAAAAGGAUAAACAGGUAUAGGUAAUGGGUGGAUAAUUGGAUGAUAAGGGCCUUAACGUGGGUCCUGGUUGAGACCCUGUCAAGUCAGUUUUAUUUAAAUGGCCCAGUAUCACAAAUAUAUCUCAAGGGCUUUUACAAUAACACACAGUAUAACACUAUGUAUCUGUAGACCCUUAGUUUGGAGAAGGAACAACUCCGUAAAAAAGUAACAAAAACACUUUAAUGGGAAACGAGGGAAAAACAGGACAGACAUAUACACAUGUAGUAUUAUGUAAAUGUGAUAAGUAAAAGAGGGGCCCUGUAUCUGAAUCUAGUUUUAAGACCUUCAUUUUGUCAGCUGAUGCUGACUUGGUGCAUAUCAACUAACUAAAGACACUUUUGGGUUACACUAUGGGACAUGCUGGAUUCAGUGUUUAAGUAACUUGAGUUAUACUAAAGACUAAAAGCCUUAAGUCUAAGUCUCAGGACUACUCCUUUCCUAAAUCUACUUACACAACAGUUUUUUGGAAGUGCAAUAAUUAAUAACUGGGGUGUCACAUUUAAAGUCAUUUUGUAAACAUACAGUUUUGCAAUGCAUGUUUUAAUGGAUCAGAUCCAGGUCCACUUCACUAUAACGUUGUGUCUAGUGGUGACCCCAUGUCUUUAGAAUGAAGCUUGUGAAUGAAAUGUCAGCAUAACAAAGGUGUGAUGACCAAAUCUUACAUUAUAAAUAGACAGAUAUUUCAUUUUUAGCUGCAAACCUCUUCCUGGAGCUUUUGAAGUAUUAUUACUGUGUACGUGUGGGUUAUAAUGAGAGAACAGCCUUGGUUUUUUUUACCCGCACUCACACAUCUGGCUCUAAUAAAGGAGAAAAGCUACUGGCCUGGCCUGUAGCCCCGACCGUCGUCCUCCUAAAGAAACAAUGGCUAUAUUCUCAGCACGGCCUCCUCCUGGGACAAGGCGUACAAAAAUACACACACACUCAGCUUGCACAUUAGCACUCCUGCUGAUGCUGAUGCCACGCAGCAUCUUACUCAGCAGUUGUAAGCAGAGGCACGGGCGGGCAGCACCUCUCCACUUAAACACACUGAGCCUCGGCUUAAACUGCUCAUUUAACCCCCAGAAUGGAAGAUGGACGAUACACAAAGGACUUCUUAGCCUGAAAACAAGCCAUUACAGAGGCCUCUCUUUCUACUCUCCCACCUCUAAGAGUGGCCUCCUGUAUAAAAAAAAUAACAGAAGCAAGUCACUGUCAAUGAUCCCUACCGUUC